AAGCAUAGCAGCACCCAGAGGCUAACUUAUUUCCCUUAUAGCCCAAGCUCUGAGAUCUCCCAUCUGGCCACAAUGAUCUACAGGAGAGGAAGAAAGCAAACUAGGGACGACAUCUAGAAUCAACUGAGAGAGAUGCUUAAAAAUCACCAGUUACUUUAAUGACCAUCCGCAGACCCACCCUGUGCAAAGGAAGGAGCUAGGCCAUUCACCCUGGGCGUCAUGAUCCUUCUGCGGGCUUCUGAAGUGCGGCAGCUGCUCCACAAUAAGUUCGUGGUCAUCCUGGGGGACUCCGUGCAUAGGGCCGUGUACAAGGACCUGGUGCUUCUGCUGCAGAAGGACUGCCUGCUCACUCCCAAGCAACUCAAAUUAAAGGGGGAGCUGAACUUCGAACGAGAUAAGCUGCUGGACGGAGGCCAGCGGGGCCCCAUGCACAAUGGCCUUGACUACCGUGAGGUGCGCGAGUUCCGCUCCGACCACCAUCUGGUGCGUUUUUACUUCCUCACCCGCGUGUACUCCGAGUACUUGCAGACCAUCUUGGAAGAACUGCAGUCGGGCGAGCACGCCCCCGACCUGGUCAUCAUGAACUCCUGCCUCUGGGACGUCUCCAGAUAUGGUUCGGACUUCUGGUGGAGCUACCUGGAGAACCUGGAGAACCUGUUCCAGCGCCUGGGCCAGGUGCUGCCCGAGUCUUGCCUCCUAGUGUGGAACACGGCCAUGCCCGUGGGCGAGGUAGUCACCGGGCGUUUCCUCCCGCCCCAGCGGCGGCGGACUGAAACCCUGAAAAGCACAGUGGUUGAAGCCAACUUCUACAGCGCCACCGAGGCACGAAAACAUAACUUCGAUGUACUGGACUUGCAUUUCUACUUCCGCCAUGCGAGAGAGAACCUGCACGGGGACGGGGUGCACUGGAACGGGCGGGUGCACCGCUGCCUCUCCCAGCUGCUGCUGGCCCACGUGGCCGACGCCUGGGGUGUGGAGCUGCCCCAGCGCCGCCCGGUGAGCAAGUGGAUUAAGAAGAAAAAACCUGGCCAGGCAGUGGAAGGGCCGCCCCAGGCCAACAGAAAUCACCUGGCGUUUCCUAGGUCCCCACCUUUGCCUUCCCCUAGACGUCCCUCCCUGCUUGGGUUACCACCCCAGCAUUUGCCCCUGCCCCCGCUCCUGCCCUCACCCCCUCCUCCUCUUCCUCCUCCCCCUCCUCCCAUUCCUUUUUACCAAGGAAUGCCCCGGUUCCCACUGGGUCCCCCAGAUGUCUGUUUUUCCUCAGAUCAUACUUUCCAGUCGGAUCAAUUCUAUUGCCAUUCGGAUGUCCCCUCAUCAACCCAUACAGGUUUCCCCUUCCAAGACAAUUUUAUGGUUGGUCCCCAGCUGCCUGUGCCCUGCUUCCCCACACCUUGUUAUCAGCAGCCUGCCCCUGUGGUCCAUAGAGGUUUUUCUAGGUAUCGUCCCCGUGGCCCCUAUGUGCCCUGGGGACAGCGACCUAGACCUUCAAAGAGAAGGACCCCAGCACCAGAGCCAAGGCCUCAAUAGUCGUACCUAGGCCUUAUUUCCUCUUCAUGAUCAUGGAUUGGACAGAUCUGACACUUCCUUUCCAUUGCCUGGCCUGAACAGACUGACCUUGUUAACUUAAGCCUUGAGUCCAUGCCUGGUCUUCUUUUUGUUCAUUGCUGUUACCAAGAAAGCCAGAGAAGAGCAGUCUGACUCAUUCUUGAUUCCUGCCUCCCCACUCCCUAUUCUCUUUGCCUUUGUGUAAAAAUAAAAUUGAAAUAAAUAAAUUGUUGCACAAAA